GAAUAGAGGACAAGGAGGCACAAACUAGAUAGGGGAAUGCACCUUUACCGUUCCUGCGAUUCAGGCACACAAAUUAGUCUGCAUCCAUCGUGGCUUGUCGUGAAUUUGUGAUCGAGGGCACACAAGGCGUCGUCCAUCGAUCAUGUGUUUUUCUCCAACGGAAUUAGGAGAUCGAUCAGCAACCCAUUGAAUCGAUCGAGAGAAGAAGAGAAUGGACGAGGUGGAGCAGCAGCUGUCCAAGCAGCAGAUCGAGGAGUUCCGGGAGGCCUUCAGCCUCUUCGACAAAGAUGGCGACGGGACGAUCACGACCAAGGAGCUGGGCACGGUGAUGCGUUCGCUGGGGCAGAGCCCGACGGAGGAGGAGCUGCAGGAGAUGGUGAACGAGGUGGACGCCGACGGCAGCGGCGCCAUCGACUUCCAGGAGUUCCUGACCCUCCUGGCGCGCCAGAUGCGCGAGGCCAGCGGCGCCGACGAGGAAGAGCUCCGCGAGGCCUUCCGCGUCUUCGACCAGGACCAGAACGGCUUCAUCUCCCGCGACGAGCUCCGCCACGUCCUCCAGAACCUCGGCGAGCGCCUCUCCGACGAGGAGCUCGCCGAGAUGCUCCGCGAGGCCGACGUCGACGGCGACGGCCAGAUCAACUACACCGAGUUCGCGAAGGUCAUGCUGGCCAAGCGAAGGCACCAGGAGAUGGAAGGCCAUGGGAGUGACUCGGAUCACGCUAAGAGCACCUGCCCCUCCUGUACAAUCCUCUGAAACUCACUCUGCCACCCUCAUUUCUUGCUGACAGCUGAGUGAAAUGUAACAAAAUCCACUUUGUAAAUGGGAAAAAAA